UGCUUGUUGUUAUGUUUUGGACUUUUCGUGUUCGUUCAACAUCGAACAAAAUAUGACGUCACACACAACAGAAUCGAAUGCAGUCGCAUAAUAUGUGUGUGCGUGAGUAAGAUUAUUUUGUACUUUUCCAAUAACAUCGCUUUGAAUCCAGCCAUGAAUACAGUUUUAUGUUAUAGUACGUUGUUUUGGUUUUGGUGCCUGUUUUGACAUGUCAUGAACAUGAACAAAAUUGACUGCAUUUAUUUGUUUAUUGGGGUUAUGUUGGUUUUUUAAAUGCCGAAAAAAAGACAAUUCGACAAAAAAAAUUGAUCGACAAACAACAUGGAAACAAUUGGCGAACAGUUUUUUGAAACAAUCGGCGGUCUGGCUAUACGUUUUUGUUCAUUUUCAAGUACAAAUACCAUCGAAAUUCUAAUUGAAAAUUUAGAAUUUACGAAAAAUCGACGAACAAUUAUUCAACAUAUUCUGAUCACUUUAGUUGUUUGCAUCGCUUUCAAUAUUAUUAUUUAUCAGAAUGCAAUUUUAGUUGCAUUGAAUAUUGUUUUCUUCGUAACGAUAGCUACCAAAUGUUACCACUUAGUUAAAUUAAUCGAAUUUGAGAAAUUGCAUGUUAUUGAUGGCCUAAGUUUGCAAUACACCACAAAGUAUUGUUUCGGAAAGAGGCACACAUAUAUACCGAUUGAAUGCAUCCAUGAUAUUAUCAUCAACGAGGUCAUUUUUGGAUUUCGAACGAUCUAUAUCUUACAAGUGCUGACGAAGGGCAUUCAAUUCCAACAUCAACCCGUGAUUCCAUUGUUAUCGGAAUUGAAUCCAAGGAUUGCGUGCAUUCAUAUCAUUUACAACCUACUGCGAAAAAAGAUCUCAAACAUCGAAGAAAAUCGAUAUAGUUAAAAUAGGAUAAUUGAAAAAAAAAACAACAACUCUUGUGAUACAAUUAAAAUGCCAAAAUGAAACAGCUCGCAAAAAUAA